AUGGAUUCUGAAACGUCUAUUAUCACUAACCUUAGCGCCAAUAACUCUACAUUAUCCAGAGCCGUGACCUCGUCUUCAUUGUCGAUAGUUCUUCCUGAAACAAUAUCAGUCGAUCAUACUUCAUUGUAUCUACAACAAAUUGCUCCGUACCGCCCGUUACAAGCAGUUCAGCCUCCUGCUCAAUUCAUUCCCGGCUCAAGGAGUAUGUCGACAAGUUUUGACGCAUUUGCAACACCUUCUACUGUCGGGUUCUUCUUGGUGAUAUAUCUUUUUUUGAUACAUAUUGUAUUAAUCUGCUACUCAAGAUACCGAUUGAUAUCGCGGAUGCGGCGAGUCUAA